GUCUCUAUUUGUCCUUCGAAUGCAGAGCCCUUGUGCCUAGCAUGAAAAUCAACGAAAAGAACCUGUGCGUGUUCGCGAAGGCACCGCCCUUCGACAUGGAAGGCUUCCUCAACAAGCGGGGCGAGGUCAACAAGGCCUUUCAGAGACGCUACUUUGUGCUAAAGGGGAACCUGCUGUUUUAUUUCGAGUCCCGGACCGACAAAGAGCCCCUGGGACUGAUUAUUGUCGAGGGCUGCACCAUUGAGCUGUCGAAUGAGGUGGACAACUACUGCUUCGAAAUAGCAUUUAACGGCAAUCGCACCUACAUCCUCUCCGCUGACAACCAGGAGAGCAUGGAGACGUGGAUGAAGGCUCUCACCUGCGCCGGCUACGAGUAUAAACGUAUCAUUUUGGCAGAGCUACAACGGCAGCUGCAGGAACUGGAUGAUUCCAGGAACAAAGUGCUCAGCAGUGCCAUAGAUGGGUCACAAAGUUCUGCAAGGGAGACGAAGCCAAGACCGCCGCCCAGGCGUACUAAUCCCUUCAACCGGCCCGCUCCUCCGCCGCCCGACAGUUCACUAAAAGGCGGCGUGGUUAUGUCGCCCAUGCCCUUCAUAAACGGUUACUUUGGAUCCAGCAACGCGCGCCUACAGCAAGAGCAGUUAAUGAUGAAGCAAGAUGCCCCCAACAGAAGCCCGCAUGGCACCCCCAAAGCAAUGCGUCGUCCCCCGCCCCCCACUCAGUCAGCUACCAGUGUUUUCUACCCAGAUGCGCGAGGUCCAGAAAUAGUUGGUGGCGUAUCCACAGUAUUACCGCGCGGCCCCAAUAACAACAACAAUAAGGCCAACGCGGGCCACACAAGCAGCGCCAAGGAAGACUUUGUUCGGACCCAUGAACGUUUUCGGCAAGAGUUAAUGCCCGAAGUAAAGGCUUAUCGCGAGCGCCACAAUCAUCCCCUCAUCCAGUUGUGAUGACAAAGUGAAGCGGGCUGCCCUGAUGACAAGCCAAUCCUAUGUAUUACUCGCUUUGUGCUAAAUCAAUUAAUGUUUUAAUCCACCUGUUUUGUUUCAAUAAACGAAAACUGAUUAGUGGGA